CGUAAUUUGGUUAAGAAGGCUGUCAACAGCCAUGAGCACAAAAGGUUUGGCGCGUGAUGGGCAGCUUGAGGCGGUGGCAACGGCCAUCAACUGGAUUGGAUUCUGGGGCGAGGCGACGUUUGAUGCUCCUCUGCGUGGGGAUGCUCUGGCUUGGUCUGGAGACGAAGUUCGCCGUUAUGCGUCGAGUGGUGGCACAGAAGUGCCAAGACAAGAGGUCGUGGAUGUAGAGGACUCACCUUGUCCUUAUACUGGUGCUGGUGCAUCCUGGAAGGCUGAGGUGCAAAGCCCGUGGUGGGUUCAUGCCCAGUCGCACACUGAAGGCCCUGCUGACGACGAGUCCAUCCCGCGCAAGCUCGAAGGAUGGUGGCGGGUUCUGGAUUAUCAGAGGGAUGCCGAAACCGAGGUGGGUGAUAAUCUCAACAUCAAUGAGCUCUGCUAUGUGGAGAAGCUGUGGACAGAUCGCAUACGAGUGUUCAAGGCCAACCAGCCAGGAGUUGCAGGUGAAGUUCCGUUGACAAGGGUGUGUGAUCUGCAGCUGAUGCAAAAGGCCUCAGCAGCAGUGGGAUCAAGGUGGGAUUUGCUCCGCGACGUGGGCGAGGGUGGUGAUGAUCCUGAUGACAUUCAAGUGGGGCAAAGACGAGUUCUUCUUGGUGGCGAGUAUGGGACCUUGAAAUUGAAAGGCUUGGAGUGCGAAGUGUUGAGCUAUGUCGAAUGGAUGGACAGGUGGACAGUCGAAAUCCCAGUCAAGGACCAGAAAGGCAAGAACCUGGUUGUUGCGGUGAUUCCGGCGCAGCUGCGGCAUCCAAAGCUUCCCCGGGAUCCCAAGCAGAAUGCCAAGGCCAAUCUGGGCCUGGCGUUGCGCUCGAAAGCUCUGGAGAUAUGCUGGCAGGCAGAGGCUGACGCCAGCGGAACCAGCACCGCAAGCCGCAAGUUCAAAUUGCAGCUUCGCUACGUAAGUCGGGUGCGGCCUGGUGGCCGGGUGUGGACAUCAUGCCCUGACUCAAUGUACAAGUAUGCGGAGGUUCGGUUCAUUGCAUCCGGCGACUAUGGCUUGGUGUUUCGGGUUCUUCGCAUGGUGGACCCCUCCAAGCAGGCCUACCAAGACGAAGAAGAUCCACACCUGGUUUUGGACAUCCCAAAGGGAUCUGAUCGAGGUGCCAUUGUCAAGGCGUAUCGAAGGCUUGCAAGAAGAUGGCAUCCCGACAAAGUAAAAGAGGAGGAGCACGAAGAGGCAGUUCUUGAAUUCCGGAGAAUUCACCAAGCCUACGAGAACUUGCUUGCGGAUCCAGAGCGAAGUUCGGACCUUCUGGUGCUGAAGAUGCAGCAUCCCAUCCCACCGAAGAAGCCAAAACGCAUCACCAUCCCCAUGGCAUUCCAGACAGAGGCGCGAUGCCUAAGCCUGGUGUCCCAGCUGCGUUUGCCGAAUGUGCAAAAGUUGGUAGAGGUGGGGCCCGAUAAUGAGUUUAUUGUAAGCUGGCCCUACCUGCCUGAAGCACUCAUUCCCCAGAACCAGUGUGAUGGUGUGAGUCAGGUUGAUAGAGUGGACCUUGUGAGGAAAGGCUGGUCGGACUAUUCAAGGUCACGUCACUCUGCCCAACAAAUCAUUCGCAUGAUGAUGUCGAUGAUCAGGCAUGACGUGAUGAUUGUCGACCCCAUCCAGAACAUCAUUGUUGAUCGAGAAAGUGGCGAGCCGCUGAUGAUUGACUUUGGCCGAGGUGAGACGGCUGGCUCCAUUUACACCACGCGGAUCAAGACCUUUAUGAAGAAAGUCCUACAGCUUUUGGCCAGAAGCAUCUCCAGGACCAGUUACGAUGUUGCGGCGCACUACAUCAGAUGCCUGGAGGACACUGUAUUUGAAUGCCUGGAGCGUUGGCAAGACGAGAAAACCCGCGACCAGAAGAAGGCCGUAGCCCUUGCCACUUCUUCAACAAAGUGGCAAGAGGGCAUCGAGUGUUGUCGGGAGAUAUGGCACAGCGAUGACGAGAAUCCCUUUCGGAAGAUGUUCAAGGAUCAGAAGGACGUGCUUCCUGAAGACCGAGUACUGCGAGAGGCCUGUCCUGCCGAAGCAGAUCCAGACAGUGAGGAGGAGAAGAAUGAUGAGGCUGAAGAUGAGGAUGAUCCAGAAGGUUUGUGCGAUGCUGACAUCAACUCACUCACUGCAGCUGGAGACUCAGUGCAGCGACUGCUACGAGCAAAGCGAAAGAAGAGCCGCCGGGCCAAGCAGGCAAAGGAGAGGCCCAAUGUGAUGGUUCAUGUUAAGGAGACGCUCGCUGAUGGCACUCUGGGCUUAGGGCUGGACGAUGCUGAUGAAGACCACCGAGGUCUUAUCAUAGUCUCCAUACACAAGAAGAGUGAGAAGUAUGGCUGGGAACUAGGAGAUCGGAUCAUUGAGCUGAAUGGGAGCCUAAUCGACGACUGGGAUGAUUUCCGGGCUACCUGGGAGGCAGCCAAACAGUUCAGCAGAGACGGCGCUGUCUUUGGCGUCGUCCGUGAAGGUGCUGAGCCUUUGCCCGAGGUGAAGGAGCCAAGGUGCUUGCACUGCAACGUGAAGGGCAAGCAUUUGCAGCGCUGCUCAAACUGGGCGUGGGCAAAUGGUGAAGAUGUCUACUUCUGUGGCAGAGACUGUCAAAAAGAAGCUUGGACCGCUGCCAAAAGAAAGGCCUAGUUCCCAGACCCGAUGGAACUACCAAGGCUUCAAGGCAGUGCGCUUGCCCGCGGAGACGAAGGAUUCGCCAAGACCUCCAAGGUGUGCAGCCGAGUGCAUAGCACGGCCUGACACUGGCAGCUCGGAAGUUGGAACA